AGUCAUCUGCGAUACUUGAAGUGAAGUGGUUGGACGGGGAUUUUUCUUCAAAGCAUACUACGAUUACCGUUGAAGCUGAAAAAAAGUCGACAGCAGUAGCAGUCUAUGCCGGCAAUCCAUCUCCGACACAUCUAAUUAUUAGUAUGGAUAGCGGGCGUGAACCGUGGGUCGUCAAUUUCAUCAACGAUUGUCAUCAUUCAAAUUGCUAGCGGUUACGACCGAGACAAUUGAGUGUUACGAUCAUGAUUGACACUGUGACCUCUACAGUUUACUCCGCCUAAUAACGAUCGUACAUUGUUAUCUUUGAAGAAUUCCUUGAUUAUGAUGCUGGAUUUCAUCAACCCUUACUAUCUAUUGCCAAUUGUGUUGGCUAUUAUGAUCAUCAUUUACCGACGGGUGUCCACCCACUAUGGCUACUUCCGCGACAAACCGAUUCCAUCGAUGACGCCCGUCCCAAUUUUUGGGAGCAAUCUUCCCUUGUUGAUGAAGAAAUGCACCUUUUUCGAACACAUACAAGGGAUAUACAACCAGUUCCCGAACGCCAAGGCGCUCGGCUUCUACGAUAUGACCACUCGGUUUAUCAUGCUGCGCGAUGCGGAGCUGAUCAAGAAGGUGCUGAUCAAGGAUUUCGACUACUUCGUCGAUCGGCGAACGGUGUUUGCCGAGGAUGCAACCGAAAAGGACAACGUUUUAAUCACGAAAACGCUGCUGAUGUUGACGGGACAGAAGUGGAGAGACAUGCGGGCGACACUAAGUCCAGCGUUUACCGGCAGCAAGAUGCGAGCCAUGUUUGAACUGAUAGUCACCUACAGUGACCGGAUGGUGAACAUUUUGAGGGGACAAGCUAGUGAGAAAGGGUUUGUGGAUUAUGAGAUGAAAGAAUUCUGCUCCAGAAUAUGCUCCGAUAUCAUUGCGACCUGUGCCUAUGGCUUGGAAGUGGAGUCGUUGGCGAAUCGCGAAAACGAUUUCUACAUGAUGGGGAAGAAGAUGAUAAACUUCGGUAAAGCAUCAUUUUUCGUGAAAUUUAUUUUGUACACUCUAUUUCCAAAGUUGAUGAAAAAACUGCAGGUGGAUUUGUUUGAUGGUGAACAAAUAAAAUAUUUUACUGAGAUUAUUAAAGACACGAUUAAAACUCGAGAUGCACAUGGAAUAGUACGACCGGACAUGAUCCAUCUGUUGAUGCAGGCCCGGAAGGGAGUUCUGAGACAUCAAAAGGAGUCGGCAGAUGCAAGCGCAGGAUUUGCUACGGUCGAAGAAUCCGAUGUCGGCAAGGUUGAGGCAAAAGAAAUGACUGAAAUGGAGCUUGUCGCGCAGUGCUUUAUCUUCUUCAUUGCUGGGUUCGAAGCCAUUUCAACGCAAAUGACACUCGUGUUCUACGAACUGGCCGCCAACCCGGACGUUCAAAAGAAAUUGUACGAGGAAAUAGCGAAUACGCAUGACCAAUUGCAGGGAACUCCACUCACGUACGAUACGUUACAACAGAUGAAGUACCUGGAUAUGGUGACUUCAGAAGUUCUCCGGUUAUGGUCUGGGCCAGCUACCGAUCGGAAAUGUGUUCGAGACUACGUGCUCGAUGACGGCGAAGGAUUAAAAUUCACCAUCGAUGCGGGAACUUGCGUGAUGAUUCCAAGCUAUGGUAUCCACCGGGAUCCAAAGUACUACCCCGAACCGGACAAGUUCGAUCCGGAGCGUUUUAGCGAAGAGCGCAGAGCCAGUAUCGACAUGACAAUGUACUUGCCAUUUGGCGCGGGGCCUAGGAAUUGUAUCGGGUCGCGAUUUGCCCUAAUGGAGAUGAAGGCCCUCGUUUACGCACUGCUGCUAAACUUUAGUGUUGAACGGAACGAGAAAACUCAGGUGCCAAUACAGUUUCCGAAGGGGUUCGCACCGUUGUUUGGGCAGAAUGGUUUGCAUUUGCGGUUGAAGGUUAGACAGUGAAGUUGUGUGAUGAAGAUCUACAUAUAUUAAAGAAUUUAAAACAAAAUGCCAUGUCCGAAACGUAUAUUGUCAUGUUAGUAUAAGUGUAUUUUAUGUAAAAUUGUUAUGAUAAUGAAUUUAACAAAGAGAAUCGUAUAUAAUAAAAGCAAUACACACGUUUGUA